AUGAUACAGGCGGUCAAGAUACAGGUGGUUGCAAAACAGGUGAUCGCGAUACAGGUGGUCAUAAUACAGGUGGUUAUGAUGGGCAGUGGUGAUGCAGGUGGUCGUGAUAAAGUUGAUCAUGAUACAGGUGGUCGUAAUACAGGCGGUCGCGGCGUAGGGGUGGUCGUGAUGCAGGUGGUCGUGAUACAGGCAGUCGGGAUACAGAUGGUCAUGAUAAAGGUGGUUGCGAUACAGGCGUUUGUGAUCCAGGCGGUUGUGAUACAGGUGGUUGUGAUACAGGCGGUUGUGAUACAGGGGGUCAUGAUACAGGGUGACAGGACAGAAGACAACCACAAGGACCAGGAGAGGACAGAGGAAAUCCAAGCAGACAGAAGAGAGGAGAGAGGGUUGGAGAGAGAAAAGAGAGGACAACCUGGCGAGAGGACAGAGGACAUCCAGGGGGACAUCAGCAUGGACAGGCAGAGAGAGCAGUGGAGCCGCAAACGGGAGUACAUCCUGGCAUCAGCCGGCAACGUGGUGGGCUUCGGCAACGUCUGGAGGUUCCCAUACCUGUGCUACAAGAACGGAGGAGGGGUGUUCCUGGUGCCUUAUUGCUUCUUUGCAGUGCUCUGUGGGGUUCCCCUUUUUAUGCUGGAGACUGUGAUUGGUCAGUACUGUCAGCAGGGGGCAAUAACAUGCUGGUCCCGCCUCUGCCCAUUAUCUCAGGGCACAGGGUACUCCAUCCUUAUGAUCCAGCUGUUUAGCAGAGCGUACAUCAUCAUCCUGGCCUGGGCUCUCCUCUACCUGGUCUACUGCUUCAGAGCCGUGCUGCCCUGGGCCUCCUGCAACAACCCCUGGAACACUGACAGGUGCAUGGAGCUCUCCUCCGUGAAUGGGACCAACUCUCACAACCAGAGUCUGGCAGAUGGAAACACAUCCACAUCGUCUGUGUCUGAGUUCUGGGAGCGGGGGGUGCUGUCCUUGUCCCAGGGCAUCCAGGAGCCAGGGCAGGUGCAGUGGCAGGUGCUGCUCUCUCUCUUCGUCUGCUGGGUGGUUUGCUACUUCUGUGUCUGGAAAGGAGUGCGCUCCACUGGGAAGGUGGUGUAUGUCACAGCUGUAUUCCCGUAUGUGAUGUUGGCUGUGCUGCUGGUGCGAGGCCUGACACUGCCAGGAGCCUGGGAUGGGGUGGUUUUCUACCUGUACCCCGAACCCUCCCGCCUGGCUGACCUGGAGGUGUGGCUGGAAGCCUGUUCUCAGGUCAUGUUCUCCUAUGGAGUGGCCUCAGGGACUUUGAUCACACUGAGCAGCUACAACAAAACGAAAAACAACUGCUACCGGGAUAGUCUGUGGCUCUGUGCUCUCAACAGCUGCACCAGUUUUGUUGCCGGGUUUGCUGUCUUCUCCACUCUUGGCUUCAUGGCCAAACAGCAGGGGGUGACUGUGGAUAUGGUGGUCAGCUCAGGUGCUGGUCUGGCCUUCAUAGCCUUCCCUCAGGCUGUGGCCCUGAUGCCUCUACCUCAGCUGUGGGCCGUCUGCUUCUUCAUCAUGCUCCUCAUGUUGGGCUUGGACACUGUGUUUGCAGGGCUGGAGACCAUCACCUCCUCCAUCAUUGACCUGUUCCCUCAGCAGCUGAAGGGACCGUGGAGAAGGGAGAUCUUCCUCACUGUCUUCUGCCUCUUCUGCUUCAUCGUGCAGAUACCCAUGACCACCUCGGCAGGACUCUACCUGUUCCAGCUCAUCGACUACUAUGGGGCAUCUGGGGCCAUUAUCUUAUUUGUAUCUAUGAUCCAGUGUGUAGCAGCCAGCUGGGCAUUCGGGGCAGAUCGGCUGUGUGAGGAAGUGAAAGCCAUGACUGGACAGAGUAUCCCCUCCCUGUUCAAAAUGUGCUGGACAUACAUCACUCCUCUGCUCUAUAUGGUGUUCCUGGUCUGCUCCUUCCUAAUCACUGAGCCCCUGACCUCCAGAGAUGGUGCUCUCUUCCCAAACUGGGCCUAUGGUCUGGGAUGGACCAUUGCCCUGUCUGGCAUUGUCCCAAUUCCACUUUGGGCCAUCAUCAAGAUCUGCCUCUCCAAGGGCCCCAUUCUAAAACGGCUGCGUGUUCUGUGGACCCCGGCAGAGGAGGAGGGGCUAAAGCAGAGGGUGUCCACAGAGAAGACAGCAAAGCUCUUAAUCACAAGGACUGUCAAUCAAAGACGCCAUAUUAAGGGUGUUCGGCAGCUCAGAGGAGGCAAGGGGAGGAAACUACAGAGGAAACAGGAGUGA